AUGCCAAUGGCGGCCGGCGCCGGCGACCCCGCCCCGCGUGCGGAGGCGGCCGGCUUCGGCUCCAACCACCUGCGGCCGCGUCGGGGCCCGCCGCCCCCGUCCCCGUCCCCCGCGGUCGGCAAGCCGCUGCCGUCCGGCGCGGUGCCGCGGCACUCGUACGUGUUCGACGGCGAGGGCGGGUUCGCCGAGGCAACCUGGGGCCUGGCCGCGUCGGGGAAGGCGGCGCGGCCCGGGGACUUCACGUGGCACCACGUCGAGCUCCCGCGCGCGGCCCCCGGCGGCGCGGGCGCGGCGGCCAAGCCGCUCCACCACGCGCAGGCGUUGAUCGAGCUCCUCUGCCCGCCGCUCACGCUGCAGGAGAUCCUCGCGUUCGUCGCCACGGGCCCGCACUGCGCAUCCGUCGGCGACGGCGGCGCGCUCCUGCUCCGCGUCAGCUCGCCGGGGCCCGUCGGCAGCGCGUACGCGCUCCGCCUCGCCGCGCGAGUCACCGAGAGCUCCGUCGUCACCGUCUCCGUCGGCGGCGUCCCGCGCCUCGCGUUCGGGACCACGGCGGCGUCGCUCCUCUCCGAGGUGCCGCUCGGCGUGGCGGCCUCGCUCUCCGACGAGGGCCACGGCGGAGGCCGCGCCGUCGACGGCGGCGUCGUUAUCGAGGAGCGGCUGCUCGAGUCGCUGCUGGCCAUGAACCACGCGGACGGCGCGCACACCGACAACCCGGUGCCAACGACGGUUUCCAACCUCCUCGUGCACGUCCUCGGCACGCACGUCGACCACGUCCACGACAUUGUCACGCGCCUCGAGAUGGACCUCGACGCCAUCGAGCUGCAGCUCGACAGAGGUGGACACUUUAUGAGGAAACUUUUGCUGGAUGGCAGGAGAUUCCCAAAAAUGCAUCUUGAUUUACAGCGCCUGCUUCAGGUUGUUUCUCACGGUGAACAAGUGUUCCCCCGUGUGAAAGAAAAAUGUGCGAGCAAGAGUUGGUUCUCAACCGGAGACAUUGCCGCCCUUGAACAUCUGAUAGGUCGCCUUAGGAGGCUCAAAGAAAACCUAGGAUUCAUAACAAAUAGAGUGACAACCCUCCAGGCUAGUCUGGACAGUUGGCAAUCAGAGCAGAUAAACAAAAGCUUGUAUUACCUUUCAUUUCUCUCCAUAGUAUUCCUUCCUCUAUCCAUUGUCACAGGAGUUUUCGGGAUGAAUGUUGGUGGUGUGCCAUGGACUGAGCAGAACAAGAACCCUAAAAACCGAGACGGCUUCAUGAAUGUCAUGCUAAUAUGUGUCGCGAUCUUGCUGCUUCUGUUGCUCUGUUUCUUGUUUCCUUCAUUGUAUUCACAUGUGACUACAUGGAGAACCCGCCGUGAACUGAAGCGGAGCAAUUCUCAGAACAAAAGACACCUGAAACUCUUCAAAGGUCACAAAGAAGGUUACAUGCGCCUAUGACAAUACAGUUGCAAACUGCAGUGCUCAUCUCAGCAGUAAGGUUAUUGAUAGUGAUGUCGUAAAAUUAGAGGAAAAAGAUUCUUGAUAGUCAACACUUGUACAGGAUUGAAGGAGAACCUCCAUUGGAGGUUCAUAUGCUGUUCAUUGCUUAGUUAAUUUUUGUUGUAGUCUUUGUUCUGUUGGGGAAGCCUAUAAAGCUCAUGGCUGUCACUGUAACAUUAUUUUUUCUGAAGACUCUGAAAUUUUUCCCAUGAUACUUGGCCAUAUUCUUCCA